AUGCAAAGAAGCCAAUCGUUUUCAGAGCUCAAGGUAUUAAAUAAUUGCAUUCCCAUUGAAUUCUUUGAACAGAAGGGUCCUCAAUACUAUUAAAAUCAAUUUCAAUAAUAUUAAACUAUAUUCCAAUAGAGUUUUGCUCUGCACACAAGAUUAUGCCAAACUCCAUUGUAAAAGUAUCAGAAUUACGAUUUGGGGAACACUGUAAUCAAGUAGGGGACAGUCUAAAUUAAAAUAAACAGCGGGAGUUUCACUAAGACCAGCAUCAUUUUGACGCGAGAGAAGUUGGUGAUUGUGGAGGACAAGCAAUGGGGACAAGUAUACAAUCUCAGGUACUUGGCCUACACUUUGGCAUAGUGUAACAAGAAUCAGUUUAAAUUGUUCAAGUUGGAGUUUAAGCAGUAUAAGAAAAUUAUAAUAUUUAAAUGCAACGAUGAAAUUGAGGGGAAGCUGUGGUAUUAGAGCAUCAGGAUGAUUGAGGAGAAGUUCUUGAACGAGAUAGAGAAGUUGCAGGUGAAGGAGUUGUACUUUGGAGUGGAUUUUGUGAGGGAAGAGGAAUUCUUGAAUUGGGCAGAGACAGGGGAUAUUCUAUUGUUCGAGACUGAUCAUUACAUGGCCAAAUUGCAAAGAGGCAUCACGAGGUCGAAGUUCGAUCAUGUAGGCAUGGUAGUCAGAGAUAAGUAUUCAAAUGAUGUGUUGGUGUUUGAUGUCAAAAACUAGGCAGGAGUAGAUCAAGAGUUCUGGAAAUACUUUAUGAAGCAGAACAAUCUCUACAGGAAAGUGGCGGUUAGAAAAUUGUUGAAUGUCGAUAGGGAAACUGUAAAUUGGAAACUGCUGGAAUUUAUUGAUAAAGUUAAAGAUUAAGAUUACGAAAUCAACAUGAUGAAGCUCCUGCAAUAGCAAAGUGAUGGACUUAUCAACAAAGGGUAUUUUUGCAGUGAGUUGAUUGCGAAAGCGUAUAAAUAUUGUGACUUGUUGCCUCAGUAGAAAGCAAGUUCGACUUAUUGGCCAGUCACGUUCCAAAAGUCCCAAUAGUUAUUUUGUUGGAUUAUGAUAUACAUUAUUAAUUAUGAAUUAAAACAUGGAUUUCAGUGGAAAACAGGAAUAAAUUAUUAUCAAAUCGGAGUUGCAAUACUGUACAUUGGACAUUACUUGAUAAUCUUAUUUCAAACCUUGGAUUAUAAUCAACUUUGGAUUUUGGUUACGCUUUUCUCAUUUAUCAUCUCGAUAUUUUGGCUUGUCACCACAACAAUAGAUCCUACCGAUCGGGAGAUUUACAUUUAGCAGAAACUGAAAGAAAAGAAUUUGAAAUACGAGACUUAAUUGAAUUGCUAUUGCAAAGUAUGUCAAGCCUAUGUUAAGGCACCGUCAAAGCAUUGCAGAUAGUGCAACAGGUGCACAGAACUCUUCGAUCAUCAUUGUAUUUGGUUGAAUAAUUGCAUUGGGUUAAGAAAUUAUAAAUAUUUCUUUAUAUUAAUAGUACUUUUAGAAUUUUAUUUAAUUACUGUACUAAUUAUUUCAAUAUUUGUCAACAAGAUACUUAGCUAUAUAUACAUGGGACUCACUAUUAUUUUGAUGAUUCCCGUCACCUUUUUACUCGUCAUGCACAUCUACUUUAAAUGCAAGAACAUGACAACCUAUGAUUAUGUCUUAUCCAAAAGGAAAAUGGAAUAGAAGACCUCCUAAGAAAAGUAGUAGGAUGGUACAUCAAAUCAAACUAAUCUGCAAACCAACAUCAUCUCUAGAAAUUAUCUACAACAAACCAACAUCAACGUUUAGACUGCUCCUCCGAAACCCAAUCUUAUCAAAAAAGUGAUCAAUUGGGAUCAAGAGGAUGCAGAUGUGGAAGAAGAAGACAGCUACCACGCUAAAGAACCAUUGCCAUUGCCUAGUUCGAAGAGUAGUGCCAGAUAAAUGGAUUCUUAGUGUAACUCUGCUCACAAGAUGACCUGUCCCAAUACUCUCAGGUAAUUUAAUUUAAAUCUCAUUGAUAGAGGUAAUAUAUCCACAAUUCAAUUGACUGAAACAAAACCAAUCCGAUCUUUGUUUAAUGUGAAAGAUUUUUAAUAAAUGAUUGAAAAUUAAUUGGUGAAUAACGUAAAUGAAGGUUCCAUCAUUUAAUUUGAUUCAAAACAUUCACAAAAGACUAAUCAGAUUGAGAUCAAUAUAUGA